AUGGCCAACAACGACGAAAGGGGAGGCGGAGCAGGCGUUGCCUUCCUCGAACAGCAAUCAAUGUCGGACAGCAGCACCCGGAGCUCCAAAGCCGUACAAAUCCAGAACGCUUGUGAACAGAAAGAUUUCCAGCUACUGGUCCAACUGGCUGACUCGCCUGGCGGUCUGCUAGAAGACCAUUUUCGUCGGUUGGCUUGGCCUAUUCUGCUUGCUUGCCCAACUGCUUCAAACGACGAUGAUUCAAGUUGGAGGCAAUUGCCAAGGCACAAAGAUGAGGAGCAGGUGCAGCGCGACGUGGACAGAGCCUUUGUUCACUAUCCCAAUAGUAUGUCGAAGCACCUCCUUCAACCCCCGGCUCUCGGCAAGUGGCAGAACCAGGCUAACAGCACCUCAGAUGAAUCAGAGAAGACGACUCAGGCCCGUAAGCGCGCCCUGUUUGAUCUGAUAGGUUUUCACGACAUUGCCCAGGUCGUCAUGCUUGUUUUGGGACCGGACGAUGCAUACCUUUCCAUUGAGGCGAUUUCACUGCUUCGUAUCCGGGACUACAUGCUCCCCUCGCUGGCUCCGGCGCUCAAACACCUUCGGCUGCUCCCUGCCAUUUUGCAGUCCGCCGACCGCGAGCUAGCCGGUCAUGUGUCCCUGCCGCAUGUCCAUUACGCCCUCCCGGCGGCACUUACCUUGUACGCCCAUGAUAUAGAACAGUACAGCGAUAUUGCAAGACUGUUUGAUUUCAUUCUGGCCCACGAGCCGGUUAUGAGUAUCUACCUUUUCGCGGCUAUUAUCAUGUCCCGGCGGGAGACACUGCUGGAAAUCCCGGCCGAAGAUCAUGAUAUGCUAUUCUUUACUCUGCAGAAGCUGCCCCAGCCCGUGGAUUUGGAACCAUUGAUCGCAGAUGCACUGAGGGUGUUCGCGGAGCAUCCACCUGAUCGGCUACCCAGCCGAGUGUGGCGGGGUAUAUCCUCAUCGAGCGCUCUCAAGACUGCACGGUCUGCCGAGAGAUGUUGUACCCUCACAGAAGCAGAAAAGCAUUUCCAAAAACAGGCGGAGGAAGUGAAAUGGGAAGAAGCAAGGCAAAGGGCUAUGCAGACAGCAUUCCGCUACAGGCGUCCAAUUGCAACGACUGCCGCUACCGUCGCCAUUGGCGCCAUUUCGAUAUGGCUGAGGCGAUCAGGGCAAGACCGCUAUGUACUUUCAAUAAUUUUUUCAUUGCUCGGCGUCGGACAGCAGGGGCACGGAUGA